AUGCCAUCCUUUUUCCGAAGCGCGGCCAGCACGGAAAGUGCCCUCUCGAGGCUAUCUCCUCACCUCAACUACUCCUACGGCAGAUCUCCCGCCUACCGCAGGUUAGCCUCGCACCUCGCGCGGCCCCCGGGUCGGCAUGGUGGCUCCUUACUACAGCAGCACGGCGCGGUGAUGGGCGCCAUCUAUACCCCUCUGCGAUACCGGCUUUCGCCUGCCGAGCUGCGGCUGCUGCGCGCCUCGGCCGCGCAGUCGCGGCAGUUCCACAUGAGCGACAUGAGACGCAAAGAGGAUAAACCGAAACCAGCAGCAGACGCCGAAGCAAAGCCCGCUGAAGACACCUCAGAGCAGCAGGCAAAGGCGGACGGGCCGGACGCCGAGUCUAAAGGCGAGAGCGCCAAGGACACCAAGGAGGGCGAGGAUGGCGACAAGUCAAAAGACCAGGGGGGAGAGGGCAAGGAGAAGAAGGAGGACAUGCCCCCUCCCCCCCCACACGGCGACAAGACGCCCUGGCAGGUGUUUAUGGAGACGAUGGACACUGAGUUCCAAAAGUCCAAGGAAUGGAACGAGUCGACCAAGCAGAUUGGGGCCGCCGCCCACCAGUUCACCGAGAGCGAGUCGGUGCGCAAAGCCCGCGAGGCGUAUGAGCGAUCGACGGGCGCCGUCUCGUCGACGGCAUCCAAGGCCGUCAAGUCGACGGCCGGGGCCAUUGGCAAGGGAGCGGCGUGGACGUGGGAGACGCCCGUGAUGAAGGGCGUGCGCAAGGCCGCCAACGUGACGGGAGAGGCCAUGGACAAGGCCACCAAGCCGAUCCGCGACACCGAGGCCUACAAGAACGUCAAGAACGUCAUCGACGACGGCAGCUCGUCGCGGUACGGCGGGUGGGUCGAGAAGGAGGAGCGGAGGAAGAAGAGGGCGCUGAUGGAGGCGGAGCGAGCCAAGGACGACCAAGUCAUGGAGGAAGAUCCCAAUGCCGGCACCAACCUGACGCUCCACAAGGACGCGGCGUGGAAAGAGGCAUGGCGGGACUUUCGGGACACCAACACGCUUGUGCAGGGCAUCUUCAGCAUGAAGGGCAAGUACGCCGAGUCGGAGAACCCGCUCAUCUCGACGGCGCGCAGCAUCACGGACCGCAUCGGGGGCUUCUUUGCCGAGAACGAGACGGCGACGGUGACCAAGAAGUUUCGCUCCAUGGACCCCAACUUCCAGGUGGAACCGUUCCUGCAGGAGCUGCGGGAGUACAUGCUGCCCGAGGUGCUGGACGCGUACGUCAAGGGAGACACGGAGACGCUCAAGCUGUGGCUGUCGGCGGCGCAGUACUCGGUGUACGAGGCGCUGACCAAGCAGUACCUGCAGGCGGGGAUGAAGUCGGACGGGCGGAUCCUGGACAUCCGGAACGUGGACAUUCUGCGGGCGCGGAUGCUGGAGCCGGGCGAGGUGCCCGUCUUCAUCAUCACAUGCCGAACGCAGGAGGUGCACGUGUACCGCAACGCAAAGACCAACGAGCUGGCGGCGGGCAUGGAGGACAAGGUGCAGCUGGUGACGUACGCGAUUGGCAUCACGCGGGUGCCCGAGGACGUCAACAACCCGGAGACGAGAGGGUGGCGCCUGAUCGAGAUGCAGAAGAGUGGGCGGGACUGGUACUGA